AUGGCCGGAAUUCGAAAGGUUUCCCAACCCAACCGACACGGAGAUUUUAGACGUCGGUUGGAACGUGCCUUAUCAUUGUCACCUUCCGAUUCUGACAAUGCGCGAAGUUCAUCGCGAUCGGCAGAAGGUGACACCACAGAGGCUGAGUCUCUUCAGGAGGAAAAUGGCUUCUCCAGUCUCCAACGUGAGACGAACCUGGUGGGAAGCAUCCCGCAAGAUGCUACCGAAGACUGGAUACAGGGAGAGAAUCUUGAAGAAGAGCUGAAUACCAGAGAGCCUGGAAUUACGGACAGUCGUACUAUGAUCGCCUUCCAGUGCAUCGCGGAAUUAGACACCCGAGUGAAGUCUAUUCAGGGUUCGCUGAGCACUCUUACAGAUAAGAUUAAAACUUGUUCAGUGGCACUCCAUACAAUGUGGGAUGCGGCUCCAGUCCAUGCACAUGUGGGUGGCUCUACCACCAAGUUUUUUGAGAACUAA